AUGAUGAAAUCAUUUGCUUUUUGCUUCUUGAUUUUGUUGUGUUUCUCAUUGGGUAAAAGCGUCGAAAAUUGUUUUCGAUUGGAUUCAGUGUCGCUGUGCGUAAAAUGCAGAUCAAUCGCGAAAUAUUUUAACAAGCAUCUCCUACGGAUUGACAGAAGGGACAACGACUAUGAACUCAAAGCAAGCACAUUGGUUAUGGAAACUGUUUUGAAAGGUUUGUGUAACAGUAAAGGCGCAUGCCACACCAUGACUGGUGAAUACAUCGCUGCUUUGCAUGCUUGGUGGUACAAAGUGCAAAAUGAAUUUAUGCCCGUUCCGGAUAUUGAAAAGUAUUUGUGUGUGGAUUAUCUGAAGUUUUGCUGCCCAUGUCCUACUUAUCCGAAAACUGAUUUCACCGAACGAGACCAGAGCAGUGGUGCUGGUGCUGGAGAAGGAAAUGGAACGUGCUUCUGCGAUAUGGGAUUCACCGUUGCUGGAUUUCAAUUUGGUGGACUUCACUAUUUGAUAAAAGCACCGGAUCCAAAGAGAAACGACGUUUAUGAAGGGGAUGAAUGUGAGAAGAUCGUUAAUAGCCGAAGCAAAAAUUGGUUUUUCAGAUUAUUCCAACCUUGUGGAAAAUGUGACCAGUUUUACUUAUUAGAAGAAUUGGGAUGUGACGAAAAUCAUUGUGAAGAUUGGGAAAAUGAAUACAAGGAGUGUUUACAAGAUAACUUUCAAUUUCUAUGUGACCUCGGAUAG